UCCAACAUGUUGCCUGGACGAUGCUGCGGUCCACAGUGCAAGCCUUCCUGCCCUCCUACCGGACGCCUGCCGGGUCGCUGCAUCUGAAAGAGCUGAGCGGGGAGGACAGAGGGGCGAGGCAGCGGGACGCGGCGGAGCGCUCAGCGUCCGUCUCCAUGUGGAGGGCGGCAAUGCGGAGGAGACGCUAUCUGCUGGAGAGGGCUGAGAACGGCACAGGGAAGCAGAAGUCCACCGACUGGCUGUAUGAGUCCUACUACUGCAUGAGCCAGCAGCACCCGCUCAUUGUGUUCCUGCUGCUGAUUGUGAUGGGAGCCUGCCUGGCUCUGCUGGCCGUGUUCUUUGCUUCUGGGCUGGAUAUUGAGGACCACAUUGCAUUUGUAAUCACCGUCCCCACAGCGCUGGCAAUCUUCCUGGCAAUCUUCGUCUUAGUGUGCAUGGAGUCCGUCUUUAAGAAGUUGCUGCGUGUCUUCUCCUUGGUGAUCUGGGCCUGCUUGGUUGCCAUGGGAUACCUCUUCAUGUUUUUUGGAGGCAUCAUCUGUCCUUGGGACCAGGUUUCCUUCUUCCUGUUUAUCAUUUUUGUGGUCUACACCAUGCUGCCCUUCUCCAUGCGCGAUGCCAUCAUUGCCAGCGUGCUGACCUCCUCCUCCCACACCAUUGUGCUCGGCGUCUGUCUCUCCACCACCGCAGACAACAUGGAGCCCCUGAUAUGGCAGAUUUUGGCCAACAUCAUCAUUUUCAUCUGCGGAAACAUGGCCGGUGCUUAUCAUAAACAUCUGAUGGAUCUGGCCGUGAAGCAGACUUACCAGGAUACCUGCAAUUGCAUAAAGUCCCCUAUCAAGCUGGAGUUUGAGAAACGGCAACAGGAACGUCUCUUGUUGUCAUUGCUCCCAGCUCACAUUGCCAGGGUUAUGAAAGCUGAAAUAAUCCAGAGGUUACAGGGCCCCAAGUUCGGCCAGGUGGAGAACACCAACAACUUCCACAACCUGUACGUUCAACGACACACCAAUGUCAGUAUUUUGUAUGCAGAUAUUGUGGGAUUCACACGUCUUGCCAGUGACUGUUCUCCCGGAGAGCUGGUCCAUAUGCUCAAUGAACUCUUUGGCAAAUUUGAUCAGAUCGCUAAGGAGAAUGAAUGUAUGAGGAUCAAAAUUCUUGGCGACUGUUAUUACUGUGUGUCAGGCCUGCCGGAGUCACUGCCGAACCACGCCAAAAACUGUGUGAAAAUGGGCCUGGACAUGUGUGAGGCUAUAAAGAAGGUGAGAGAUGCCACUGGAGUUGACAUUAACAUGCGGGUUGGAGUGCAUUCAGGAAAUGUCCUCUGUGGUGUCAUUGGCCUUCAGAAAUGGCAAUAUGAUGUUUGGUCACAUGAUGUCACAUUAGCUAACCACAUGGAGGCUGGAGGUGUUCCUGGGCGUGUCCACAUCACCUCUGUUACACUGGAGCACCUGAACGGGGCCUACAAGGUGGAGGACGGGGAUGGCCAGGAGAGGGACCCCUAUCUGAAGGAGCACGGGGUCAUCACCUAUCUCGUUGUCAACCCAAAGGCAGACAGACGCAGCCCACAGCAUCACUACCGGCCCCGGCACACGCUGGACGGGGCCAAGAUGAGGGCGUCAGUGAGGAUGACCCGUUACCUUGAGUCCUGGGGGGCGGCCAAACCCUUUGCCAAUCUGCACCACCGGGACAGCAUGACCAAUGAGAACGGCAAGAUCAACACUGCUGAUGUUCCAAUGGGACAGUAUCAUUUUCAGAGACGCUCUGAAAGAACAAAAUCCCAGAAGAAGAAAUUUGAAGAGGAGCUAAAUGAAAGGAUGAUUCGCACCAUUGAUGGCAUUAAUUCCCAAAAGCAGUGGCUAAAAUCUGAAGAUAUUCAGAGGAUUUCACUGUUUUUUCACAAUAAGUCCCUGGAGAAGGAGUACAGAGCGACAACCUUGCCUGCUUUCAAGUAUUACAUCACCUGUGCCUGCCUCAUAUUCUUCUGUAUCUUCAUAGUGCAGAUUCUAGUCCUGCCAAAGACCGUGGUUCUGGGAAUAUCCUUUGGAGUGUCCUUCCUCCUGCUGUUCCUGAUCCUGCUGAUCUGCUUUGCUGGGCACCUCCUGCAAUGCAACAAACUGGCGUCCUCAUCGUGGCUGUGGAUCCUGAGAUCGUCUGGAAUCAUCGCCAACAAGCCCUGGCCGCGGAUCACCCUCACCAUGACAACCACGGCCCUGAUAUUAAUAAUGGCAGUGUUCAAUAUGUUCUUCAUAGAGGACAACAUAACCUCCUCCAUCCAUGUUAAUAAUGCAUCCAAUGAAACUUACUAUUUUGGCAACGGUCAACUCACUCAACCGGUGGAGAAGAACAAUUUCUACCUUCCUUAUUUCAUCUACAGCUGCAUCCUGGGCUUGGUGUCCUGCUCAGUCUUCCUGCGGAUUAACUAUGAGUUGAAGAUGGUGAUCAUGCUGGCAGCUGUGGUGGGUUACAAUGUCAUCAUUCUCCAGACACACGCCGCACUUCUAGACGAGUACAGCAAGUUCCUCUACAAGACUGAGGUUCUGGAAAGGCCAGGAGUACUGAAGGACCUGAAAACUAUGGGCUCUGUCUCUCUCUUCAUCUUCUUCAUCACUCUGCUUGUUCUAGCCAGACAGAAUGAAUAUUACUGUAGGUUAGACUUCCUGUGGAAGAACAAGUUUAAGAAGGAGUGCGAGGAGAUUGAGACCAUGGAGAACCUGAACCGCGUGCUGCUGGAGAACGUGCUGCCCGCGCAUGUGGCUGAGCAUUUCCUGGCACGCAACUGGAAGAACGAGGAUCUUUAUCACCAGUCGUACGACCUGGUGUGUGUCAUGUUCGCCUCCAUUCCGGACUUUAAGGAGUUCUACACUGAGUCAGAUGUCAACAAGGAGGGCUUGGAGUGCCUCAGGUUGCUCAAUGAGAUAAUUGCGGAUUUUGAUGAGCUGCUGUCCAAGCCCAAGUUCAGCGGGGUGGAAAAGAUCAAGACCAUUGGCAGCACGUACAUGGCAGCCACAGGGCUGAACGCAACACCUGGGCCAGAAUACAUGCAGGAACAUGACAGACAAUACAUGCACAUUGGCACCAUGGUGGAAUUUGCCUUUGCGCUGGUGGGAAAGCUUGAUGUCAUCAAUAAACAUUCCUUCAAUGACUUCAAACUCAGAGUUGGUAUUAAUCAUGGGCCUGUGAUUGCUGGGGUGAUCGGCGCCCAGAAACCCCAGUAUGACAUCUGGGGAAACACAGUGAAUGUGGCUAGCAGGAUGGACAGCACUGGGGUGCUAGGCAAAAUACAGGUCACAGAGGAGACUAGUCGGGUCUUACUCACGCUGGGAUACGUGUGCUCUUGCAGAGGAAUUAUCAAUGUGAAGGGUAAAGGAGAACUCAAGACCUAUUUUGUCCACACAGAGAUGACCAGGUCUCUCUCCCAGGGAAAUGUAAUGCCAUAGAAAUUUGGCGCAAUCAAACUAGACUGCAGCUGGCCAGCAGCAACACCCCUAGCCCUGGGGCUGAAGACCCAAUGCCACACAUAUCUGUACAUAGUUCCGCCUUGUCUUUAGAUGCACGAAAUCUUGGAUGUACAAGUGGUACCAUUUCUAAAGUAUCUCAUAAGCAGGGUUGUGCUCUGAGUACAGUAUGUAAGU